AUGCCAGGUAAAAAGAUGGCAAAAGCUUGCAUGAAAUGUAAGCAACGAAAGAAAAAGUGCUCCGGCGCUCUUCCCUGCGAAUACUGCGUCAAAAUCAACCAGCCACAAGACUGUGAAUACCAAUCGAGAGUGAAAUCUAAGAAAGCCAAGGUAACUGAGAGGUAUAUCUCGACUCUGAAAAGUAGGAUCCGAGAGUUGGAAACCGAACGAGCGAAAUCCUCAGUUGAUGAUCGUAUUAGCUCGCAGGAAAAGGUUGGGGCGUCCGAUGUGAAUCCACUCAUCGAGCCUGAAUAUGGGUUUGAACUGCAUUAUAAGGAUGAGGCUUCUUCCGCAAAGAGUAAAGACGGCAGAUCAGCCAUUCACUAUCUUGGUAUGUCUGCGUGCGCACAGUUUUUGAUCAAAUUGAAGGAGUCCUUAUCGAGUCCUAGCGGGUAUCCAUUGGCAGAGCAUUCAAGCACAGCUACAGCAACAGCGUUGACGCCAGGUGACAUCCCCAUUGACCGCCAUUAUAUCAAGUCAAUCCGAAAGGAAAUUCUUCCAGAUGUACCUGACGCGGAAGGCCUUAUUGACAUUGCAUCUCGAAUAAUUGGCGCAGAUUAUAUGUUCAUUGAGUCCAAUUAUGUCGAGAAUAUCGUACUCACCAUGAUAUACAAAACUCCUGUUCCGCACGACAGCAAAGGCCUUAUAAAGUACACGAAUGAACUUCUCAGACUCUUAAGCCACUUAGCGCUGGGAUCGUUGUUCGACAAGGCAAACCCUAAAUCGAAGUCUCUUGGUCUAAAGUAUCAUGAGACAACAAUAUCUCUAUAUGGGCACAUUGUGAAUAUUCUUGACCAAGCAGCAAGCGGGUCACUAGUCCAAUCUUUACUAUACAUGGCAUACUUUGCCUUGUCACAGGACAAAACAACUUUUGCGUUUAUUACGGUAGGGAGUGCCAUUCGAACAAUGUUUACACUUGGAUUUCAUAAAAACGCUCAGUCAAGAAGUGAAAAUCGUAUUUUUUGGCUAUGCUUCAUUUAUGAUAGAUUGCUAUCCGUGAGAUUCGGAUUUCCAUUGAUGAUUGACGAAAACGACAUCAAUGUUCCUCUAUUCAAUGAAGGAGAUGAUUCGUUGACGACCAUCUCGUUAGACGUAUAUCACUUUGUUUCUCAGGUGAGACUUGCUAAAAUAACAACUCAAAUUAUAACGAAGAUAUACACACAGAACCCUUUUUCUUUUCUUCACAAUUGCCAUGCCGUGUUGAAAGAAUUGAAAUAUUGGUUUGAUUCGUUACCAAAUGAACUCAAGUUUGACUAUGAUGAUAUUGAGACCGGAAUGAUCAGAGCAACAUUCAAUCUCCACAUCAAUUACAAUUAUUCUAUCAUGAUAUCAACUAGACCUGUUUUGUUAUUUGUUUUCAGGACUAUUUUGAAGGCAAGUGAUAAAGAGGCUAAGCUUUUCGAAAAACGUCAGUUCGAACUAAUUCUGGUGCUACUCGAAUCUUGUAUUCAAGCGGCGGAAAUACAGAGUCGUAUCCUCACUAAGUUAUACUAUGAUGGCAAAAUGGCCAACUGCUCAUUUUUAGAUUGUCACUAUAUCUUCAGCGCGACAAUUAUUCUUAUUUUAGCGGGGUUUUGCCAAAUGCUCUCCAAGAAGCAUGUUCUGUACUUAGGAGACGUCGAAAGUUUGUUUGAAGCCAUAGAGCACAACCUCAAAAUAUUACAGGGACUGUCGGAAUACAACGCUGCUGCGAGGAACUUUAAUCAUCAACUAACAGAAUUCAUCGACUUGAUGAGCUCGGAAGAGGUGGUGGGCAUUUUGAAGAAAGACAAAUCACAAAAACAAAAUACGUCUUUGCUCUUCCAGCGUAAGCUAACGAGUCCACAGCCUGCAUCUCUGGAUAAAGCACCGAGAAGCAACGAACCUAUUUUUGAUUUUGAAGAGCUUGGAUUCGUUGAUCUCUCACACAUACUUAACAACAUGGGCGAUGAAGUCAGAUCUGGAUCCGCAUUAGAUAUUUUCUUGAAUGAUGCAUUUCAGGAAAAUUCUUGCGAAGACUUGGAGAGAGAGAUUUGA